AUGGCUCUGUGGCGGCGAUACCAUCCCUCCUUCGGACAGUGUUAUCGCUGUAGUUUAUUCGAGAAGUUGAAAAACAAGGUCCGUCAGCUGCUCAAACCGGACAGGGGGAUGUGUGCUGAAAACAAGCUAUCUCAAGCCCCUAUGUGGGAAAAUCUGAAGCAACACAGGCAGCCUCGAAAUUAA